ACCGGACGUCGCGCAUCAGUACGGCGUGCGAAUUCGCGCAAGAAGGUCGCGUUCGAAUCCAGUCUCGCGCUCGCUCACAAAACCCAGCAAACGCACCAUCCCCACCCUAUCGACGUGUUUGCGAUCGGGUAAGUGAUCGAGAGACGAUCGGUUGGCGGGUUUUGUUUUGACUUGGGCCGAUCGGUUGGCGUCGGUGUUUGUUACCCAGUUCCGAGCGACUCCGCAAAGGUUAGCAGCGUGCUAGUAGUGUUUGCGGGCUGCGUACGAGUGGUUCUCUCGGUCAGGUGGGACACGACGGUUGUGCCGUUUUUGCGGUUUCUCAGGUACGGCGAGAAAGUGAAGUCACUCGUGCGGUGAGCAUUGUUGCGGAUACAAGAACCUACCGGGGAAAAAAAUAUACAGGCUCGUUUCGUGAGCCUAUGUGCCAGUGACAAUACAGUGUGGUUUAGAGGGCAGAGCAACGACGGAGAACAACGCAUCAGCGGCGGUUAUCUCGUGUGAAGUAAAAUUUAUUCCAGUUUCGUGCAAGAUUUGAGCAGCGACGCAACGGGGAAAAUCCCAACAUUUAUAAAAGCCGGCCUAGAGUGUAUGCUUAUGUGUGAUUGUGUCCGGUAAGAGUGCGUGUCGACGCAGUGUGCCAAUGCUGUAACCGUGGCCGUUACACGUGUGUCUGUGUGUUUGUGUUGUGUGGAAAGCGAAGCCCUAGACCCGAUCUAAGCGGUUCCGGAGACAAUAGUGUUGAUUCUGGGAAACGCGGCACGUCAACCAGCGCACUCCCAGCCCUUCAAACGCCAAGCGGGCGGUAUGUGACCAGUGGUGAAGUGGGCACAGGUGUAUCAAGAUUAAAGUGCAUGCGCUCUGAGGCAUCGAAGUGGGAAGUCUGGCAAUACGGGCACAGAGACACAGCGUGCAAACGAUUAGUACCAGGUCUAGCAAUCCCCGAAGAGGGUUACCCGUGGCAAGAUGCGUAAAAUUUGGCUCCUCGCCAGCGUCGUGCUGGCGUUUCUCGACUUUGUCAAAUCACAGGAAGUGGCUCGGACACUCUACAGUACAAGAUACGACAACCUGGACAUUGACACCAUUUUGGCCAGCAAUCGGCUGGUUACGAACUACGUCGACUGUUUGCUCAGCCGCAAACCGUGCCCGCCGGAAGGCAAGGAUCUGAAACGUAUUCUGCCCGAGGCACUACGCACCAAGUGUGCCCGCUGCUCGCCGAUCCAGAAGGAGAACGCACUGAAAAUCAUCACCCGCCUGUACUACGACUACCCGGACCAGUACCGUGCACUGCGGGAGCGCUGGGAUCCUUCCGGAGAGUAUCAUCGUCGGUUCGAGGAGUACCUGCGCGGGCUGCAGUUCAAUCAGAUUGGCGGCAGCAACGGUGGUUCGGGCGUUGGUAAUACGGUAGUGAGUGGUGGUAACGAUAGGCCGGUAAGAAAUGACCUCGAUCGACAGCCCGCAACACAGAGCAGCAAUGUGCAGGCGAUAGUGAUUGAUCCGACGCUGGCCGGCCAGCCGAUUGGCAAUGUGAAUACGCUACCUCCCUCUCCACCAACACCACCGGCGGCGGCUGUUGCGCCAGCUGUGACCGAACGACCUAGGCCUCCGGCACUGGUAGCACAAAUUUUAUUCCCUACCACUACCGACACUAGCAACACUACCACUACUACUACCACUACUACUACUACUACUACUACUACCACCAUCAACACCACCGACACAACUACCACCUCUACUAGUACCUCCAAUUCUGGCCCAGUAGAACUCACCAGUAUUGCGGCGAGUGCGCCCGCUCCCUCUAAUAGCGUUACAUCUUCUAGUAAUCUAAUUAGUCCUUCGGGUGGUACGGUCCUGGCGGCGAGUACUAGCGAUCCUCUUGCUCUUCUUCCUCUUUCUUCUGACGUCGGGACCGAGCAGGACUCGACGGCAACGGCCGGACCCGUAGUACCGGUACCGAUUCCGCAAGAGCUUCCACGGCCGCUCGCCAUCGCUACCACGGUCGGUCAAUCGCUGCAGCCAGGCGCAACCACACCAUUCACGGGCACGGUUCGGCCGGACGAAGUUUCAGCAGUACCAUUAUGGCUGGGAGCACAAUUGGCACAGCAACAAAUUCUCCCAGCUCGUCCGGCCGAGGAGUCGUUCGCUGAUGGAGGAGCAGGGAUUCAAAAUUUGGGCACCGCUGGCACCGGGUACCAGCUACCGUUGGCUUCGAUGUACGGUGGCACCGUUCCGACAACUACGGCUGGACGAGUUGAACCACGGCCCACGUCCGCGGACAAUAAUGGGCUUGAUGAACUACCGACGGCCCCACCACCGGUCGUGGUGAAUCGGUUCGGUGACGACGACGCCAAUGGACGCCCAUCUGUUGCGCCUGCUGUUCCCGUAGUGCCGACGACUACUACGACCACGGCAAGGCCCACUACGACGGUACGGCAGACACGUCCCGCCACACGUCAAACGACGACUAGAAAUACUCAGCGCACAACAACGCGAUUUGCCGCCAACCAGCCACUCCCCCCGAGCCCGAUCGUAGGCCUGUGGAACCAGCUCGGCACGAAGAUUGCCGACACGGCGGAUGCCAUUGCCGGGAUGCUGAAGAAAACGGUCGAUGUGCUGGUGACGAGCCACAUCCAAUCACACCAGCGGGCGCUGCGAAGAAUUCAAUAACCUUUACCCCAUGACACGCCGCUUGACAGGCAUCGAUAGCAUCGAGCAGAAGAAGAUCAGAAAGAGAAGAUCAGACAGAGAAAGUGGAGUCGUUUUGUUGAAAUUAUGUGAGAAUGCUUGCCGUUUUAGGCAUUAGUUUUCCAUCGCUAGAAUAUUAUAUCGCAGUAUGUAUAUGUUUGAGCUUGUGUGUGUGCGUGUGUGAUUGGAAGUGACAGCAUAUCCUUGCCAACCCCGUCCCCCCGUUCCCCAUGACCGAGACAUCCCGUGGCUCACAAAAAUCCAAUUACUGUGGGGAUCGGAUCAGCUCCGACAAGUGCCCACAAAUGCAGACUCCUCAAUAAAGAUUUUCCCCGUCCCCUCCGCCUUUCUUUGACGCAUUUGUGGCUGAGCGCGGUAUGAGCGAAAACGAAUGCAAUUUUAUUUUACCUGUGAUUGAGCGUAGAGUGAUAGCAACGAAGGUGUGUGAAUUGUAUCUGUAUCUGAGUUUCAAGGCCCAAGGCUGUUUCAUUGGUUAUCCCUUUUAAUGCUUGUUAUCUUCAUAGUGCUCUUUUUCUUAUCGCUUUCAAUUACAAUCCUUCCUUUACUGCUUCUGUGUCGACAUUUAGUACCGAUGCUGGAUUUGAGCGGACAGGCAGGCAAACAUACUGAUCAUACAACAGGGUGAAUUCUAAAGGUUCAUGGAUUUGAAAUGUAUCUUAUAUUAUUACUGAAUAAAUGUAUUUUCCAUCAUA